GACUUUCAUAAGGAUACACCAAAAAUAUGGAGAACGGCGUCGCACUAUUUUUGGUUACGCUACUGGUAACUACACAGACCGCAUUGACCGGUGGUAAUUACCAGAAUGAUAUCACAGUACAGCCAGGACCAGUACGAGUGAAGCAAGGACAGAACGUCAGUCUGUGGUGUAAACUGAAAUAUGACCCUCACAAAAAAGUGCCGAUAAUCUGGCAUACGCCGCCAAAUUUCAAAACAAGAACCAACGACUGUUCUUCUUUUGCAAAGGAUAAAUAUGUCAUGUCAUGUUCAGUCACUGAUGACCAUUUUGGGUAUUAUAAUAUAACAAUAAUGGAUGUCCAAUGGGUCGAUAAUGGGGUAUAUCGGUGUCUGUAUAUCAACCAUAUGGACAUUGUGGAUUUACAGGUUUUGGUUCCGGUAACAGAUGUGUCACUAAAAAAAGUCGUCAAAAGCUCUGCUGUAGAGCCCCAGCGCUUGCAUGAGUACUUUACCUGCACAACAAACUGUGCAUUUCCAGCACCCAAGAUUUCAUGGCUUGUAAAUGACCAACCGUUUAAUGCCAACGCAAGGGUCAUAGAAUAUGGCUGCUUUGGGGCCAAGGAGGGCCAGAAACGGACUGAGAGCAGAGUGAGGGUAAUGAGCGCAGGCAUGGAUAAGGAGAGAACAGAAUAUAACAUCUCGUGUACGGCAGAAAACGUUGUUGGAGAGCCAACUCUUUCAAAGGCAAUAACUGUCAAUAAUGUUGUUCCGGUAACAGAUGUGACACUAGAAAAAAUCGUAAAAAGCACUGCUGCAGAGCCCCAGCGCUUGCAUGAGUACUUUGCCUGCACAACAAACUGUGCAUUUCCACCACCCAAGAUUUCAUGGCUUGUAAAUGACCAACUCUUUAACGGCAUACCGACGGUCAAUGAGUUAGACUGCUAUUGGCCCAAGGACAGCCAGAAACAGACUAUUAGCACAGUGUUAGUAAGGAGAACAGACACAGAUAAGGAGAGUACAGAAUAUAACGUUACGUGUACGGCAGAAAACGUUGUUGGAGAACCAAAUGUUUCAGAGACAAUGUCUGUCAAUAAUGAUGCAUUGACCGGUGCUAAUUACCAGAAUGAUAUCACAGUACAGCCAGGACCAGUCGAAGUGAAGCAAGGACAGACCGUCAGUCUGUGGUGCAAACUGAAAUACGACCGUGAUAAAAUAGUGCCAGUAAACUGGCAAACCCCGCCAAAAUUCCAAACAAGAACCGACGAUUGUUCUUCUUUUGCAAAGGAUAAAUAUGCCAUGUCAUGUUCAGACGCCAGACACCAUUUUAGGUAUUAUAAUAUGACAAUAAUGGAUGUCCAAUGGGCCGAUAAAGGGGAAUAUCGGUGUAUGUAUACCAACCAUAUGGACAUUGUGGAUUUGCAAGUUUUGGUUCCGGUAACAGAUGUGACACCAGAACAAAUCGUAAAAAGCUCUGCUGCAGAGCCCCAGCGCGUGCAUGAGUACUUUGCCUGCACAACAAACUGUGCAUUUCCAGCACCCAAGAUUUCAUGGCGUGUAAAUGACCAACCCUUUAAUGGCAACACGACAGUGAGAGAGUUAGGCUGCUUAGGGGCUAAGGAGGGCCAGAAACAGACUAUGAGCACAGUGUUCGUCAUAAGAACAGGCAUGGAUAAGGAGAGUACAGAAUAUAACAUUACGUGUACGGCAGAAAACGUUGUUGGAGAGCCAAAUGUUUCAGAGGCAAUGGCUGUCAAUAAUGAUGUAUUUCGGCCGGUAACUCCCAGUCCACCUCAGUCCAUUAUGGCUAAAGCUUUUUGGCCAAUAGUGGCAACGACACUAUUUCUAUUGCUUGUCACAGCAAUCAGUAUCUUCAUUGCCGUGUACGGAAGACAUCGUCGACAGUGUAAUAAACGUUCGCUUAGUAAUCAGUCCACGCUUUUGGCAGAAUAGUCAUUCCCAGAUGCUUUCGAACUCGAGUGACAUGAAGGCGACCUGACGUAACCGCGCCUGUACAAAAUAACAAGAAUACAGCAGUUGCAAUUUGCCAUGUUAAGUAUUUGACGCUUAAAAGUAUGUUUCAACCACUCUCAGCACCAAAAACUACUCGCUAACCUUGUCUGUCAGUUACCUUCCGUCCAUGAUCAACCGAAUUGGCAGUGUACACAUAUCACCAAUCUUGGAGCAUUGUCAAUUACGUAUUACUGUCGAUAUCAAGAUAAUUUUUCAUCUCCUUCGUUGAUACAUAUCAUAGCGUUUUUUCCUGCACUAUGUUCGAUCACUAUCAUUUUGGAUGUUAGCAACUUGUCUCGCAGAGCUUUGUUUAAUAACAAAAAGGCGGGAGUCUUGCCUGAAGAUUUCUGUGAAUCUAUACACCAUCAACAUCAUUGGCAGCAAUAUUUGCCAUGUUUUGCCUAUUGUAUGAGUUGCACGCUUUUCUUAGAUGACUGAAAGGACGCUCAAACUCGACUUUUCUCUGAUGUAUCAAUCAUGGUCAAAAUCGAUCAACGUCUAUCUUUUUUCAUCUGAAAAUUAGAGUUUGCUUGACAUGUUUGAUCAAUGUAGUGUGGGGUAUUUAUUUUACCAAGUUGAAGUAAAUGGUGAUUUGUAUUUUUCCAUUGUACCACAUAAACCUAUAUUGUAUUCAUACUUUUAUAGAGGCACUGAAUUGUGCUGCUUUCAAUGUACAUUUUACUCUAUUAUGUGGACCGGCUGGGAGUUAUGUAACAAGUAAAGGCCCACAGCGCUGUAAGGGGUCCAGGCAAGUGGGCGUGAACCUAUAUGCGUAUGUUCAUUUGUAUUGAUGUGUAUUUUGUAGUUUCAUAUUCAUGCCUGAUAAACCACAGAUUGUACGAUCAGUAUUUGUCAGACUGUAAUUACGAUAAUGUACAUUUUGCACAGGCAUGUAGGUAUCAUAGUGCGCUAAAGAUUGAUGGGGGUCAGAUGGGAUGAUAUUCCUUGGAGAUAAAAGGUGUGUCGCUCAGUAGCUGAUUUUUAGAAAUAUGGUAGGCCUUGUUUGACCCUACAUGUAUAUACAUAUGCGAAGGUAGUUGGGCAGGACUUGAGUUUUUGAUUAGCCCCUUGCCUCCCCAUAGUUUGGUGAGUUUUGGAAUAUAUUAGUACCAUAUGUCAAGGUGUCUCGCUUUUCGGGGAUAUAAGUCUACUUUUGACCACUCUGUAGUAAUGUGGCAAUUGCAUCGUCACAUGAUAUCCAAGUUUCAUUUAAUUUUAGAAGGUUAUUGGUUAACUGUGACAUACAGUAUGGGAAUUUAAAGGCAAUGACGGCUUCAGAUCAUGAUUUCUGUGAUAUUGGUAAACUUGAUAAGUAUUUGGACAUUCAAUUAUUCAAGAGUCGACCCAUGGACCGAUCUAACUCUGGCAAAUGUAAGGUUGAUCAUGGUCACCACCUUUAAUAGAGCCGAAAUAAAUAUACAAUACACCGAUAAUAAAACAGGACACAAUGCUAUUUUAGCCUGAAAAGAAAGAGCAAUUAGAUUCGCUCAGGUCCACUUAAUUUGGCUUUUGUAAGUUUUAAAGAGACCAAAAUAAACAAAUAAAGGAAACGUUCCAUGCUGCACCAUGCAAAACUUAAAUGAACCAAACCGAAUGAGACUAUGUGAAUAAUAUUAUAUUUUAUUCCAUAAACAUAUUUGAUCGAAUCCUGCAGUGAGUAGUAUUGUACAUUUGAUCUAUCAGUUCAGGUUUAAAACGUUUAUUUGGCUUGUUUAGUUUGGCUUGUUUCAUUUGGCUCGUUUCAACAUUUACAUACUACCAACAUUAGCCUAACACUGACAGUUCAUAUACACAGUAUGUUUAGCGUUCAGAAGUUGGGUCAUUGUUUUAUGCAAACUCGCCACAGGUGCACGGUUAUCGGAUUGUAAGACAACGAAGUUAUUAAAGCGAACUAAAUGUAGAUGGGAGUCAUGGAUGGUGUGGAUCUAUUUUUGAGAUUAAGGUGGUAUAGUCUGGGGGUAUAGUUGAAUUUUAGGGAUAUUAUUUUUGUAUUUUCGGCCUUAUGCUUCGAUAUUUGAGCAUGACAUGGUUUCAGUACCUAGUUGUAUGACAUUUGGAACAUCAGUAUCAUUUUUAGCUCAGCUGACAAAGUCAGCGGAGCUAGUCAAAUAGCUAUUCGUGUGGUGUCCGUCCUUCCUUAUAUCCAUCCAUCUGUAGACAAAUUGGGCAUUUUGUAACCGUAAGACCUAGGCACAUCAAAUCUGGCUUAAAGGAAGAACAUCAUAUGCUGCAGACCAUAAUAUGCUGCAGACAGAAAAUUGAUCGUGUUUUCGACUUAAAUUCUUCUCACCAGAGGGCCAUAGCCGUAAAAUGCAAAGACAUUUUUUGUCGCUUUACUCUUAUAGAUAGAGGCUUGAAAUAAAGUUGAGGAAGUAUGUAUACAAGUAGGUUUUGAUAUGAAAUUGGAUUAGUUUUGAUUGAUACUACCAGUUGAAGUUACUGAGCAAAAUCUCUGUUGACUUAGUUAACUUGAUUUGAAUUUCCCGCUCUUUUUUAACUCCGAAGGUUGUGGGUUUGAUCCCACCUCAGGGUAACUUUUUUUCCUUUUUUCCCAUUUCCGAUUUUCUUUUUUCCUUUUUAAUUUGGCAGGCGGCCAUCUUGGAAAUCACAUUUUGCCAGUUCAAAUCCUUUUGCUGUAGCUAGAGUGACUAAAUGGUGGGCGUAUCUGAAAGUCUCCAUUAUGUAUAUCAUUUUCGAUUUGACCUACUCUUCAUGGUCAUAGGGCUCAAGCUCUUAUACUUUACUUAUACGAAGUACGUUUUGGCAUUAUUUGUCAAAUAGUCUUUUUACUUUGGUAUAUAUGCGUGAUAGGCACAUCAAUAUCUUAGCAAUAUCGAGGCUGAAAAAGACCUACCAGGUGCUUUCCAUGUUUUGUACUUUGUGCCCGUGUAUUUCAGCUGAGCGCCUGUACCUUGGGCCUCUUUUUGGUCAGAUAUGAAGACUUUGAUUUAGAUUUUCAUUAACUCUACCUCUAGCCCCUCUGUUGCAAUGCGGCAAUUGCAUCGUCUUAUACUUGACUAACCUUAUUGCCAGGAUAUUCAUAUUGGUUUAAAGUCUGCUGAAUAGGCUCAAGCAAUGAGGUUUGCCAAGUCUGUCAUGGGAGGUAGCCCAAACCUGAAAAUGAUUUUCCUAGAGACAAUGCUUUGGGCGACUAAGCAUGAGAUGUAGCCUAAUCCUCCCCUUGGCCGAAUGCAAGCACAGCUUAGCAUCAGAGGUAGUCCAAAUCCUCUUAGAAAUAGCCUAACUUCGGAUGAAUGUUUACGUUUUGGUGAGGCUAUCUAAUGAGGUGCUUGUGAUUGCAGGCCUCGGGUGUGAGCCUGUUGGAGCCCAAUCUAGGUAAAAAGGGCUACAGGUAAAAAAGGAUACAGGUAAAAAAAACGUUUUACCUGUCUGAUCAGUUGACCGGCUGUAAGGCCGUCUAUUGAGUUGUAUGUUUGGUUGUGACUCUGUCUGAUCAGUUGACCGGCUGUAAGACCGUCGCUUGAGUUGACUGGUUGGUUUGGACUAUGCAGGUAAAAAAAACCCUUUUUACGUGUAGCCUUUUUUACUGGUCCUUGCCGUAGCCAUUUUUUACCGGCCCAUCCUACGGUUUGCGCUUUGUUCGCGAAGGGUUAAUCAUGCCGCAAUUGUGAAAGGAAACUUAAGAAAGGUAUCAAAAUUGUGUGGUGUUUUGGUCGGAGUUAUGAUGCUGUAGAUAUGCGUGAUGUAAAUAAUUACGGUAAACAUUUCAUGUACAUCAUUGUUUUGCUCAGUUUAUAGUAAUAAAACUUAU